AUGGCAUCACAACUUCUCUACCUUAUCCUAGCUCUCCCCAUCAUUGUUCUCCUCCUGUUGCUUCAUCGUAAGCACAGGCAAACCCAAGGUUCUCAUCGCCUCCCACCUGGCCCUCCAGGUCUCCCGCUGAUAGGCAACUUGUUCGAUAUCGAUUCCUCGGCUCCUCAUCGCUCGUUGUGGCGGCUCUCUCGGGUAUAUGGAACCUUGAUGUCGUUGAAACUGGGCUGCACUCGAGUUCUCGUGGUUUCCUCGGCCAGAAUGGCCGAGGAAGUCAUGAAAACUCAGGACCUUGUGUUUUGCAGCAGACCGUCUCUUACUGGCCCGAACCAUCUCUCCUACGACCGUCGAGACAUAUCAUUUGGUCCCUAUAGUGCUUACUGGAGGGAGAUCAGGAAGAUAUGUGUCGUCCACCUCUUCAAUUCGAACAGGGUUCAGAGCUUCUCUCCGGUUAGAGAGGGCGAGGUUUCUCAGAUGACUGAGAGGAUAUCCAGAUCUUCACAUGGUUCCAACCCUUUGGACUUGUCCGAAGCCAUGUUGUCCGUGACAAGUAGAAUUAUUUGUCGGACCGCUUUCGGCACGAGUUUGGAGGGAAAUCAUGGAGUUGAUCUGAGGAGCAAACUUGAGUUGAUGCUUAGAGAAUCCGAGGCCAUGUUUACUAGCUUCUUUUUCUCGGACCAUUUUCCAUCUUUGGGAUUUCUCGAUAGAUUUACAGGUAUGAUGAGCCGGCUCGAGAAGAACUGUAAGGAACUGGACACUUUCUACCAAGAUAUCUGA